AUGGUCGGAAUGAUGUACGACCGUUUCUCCAAAAACAACAAUCGAGCACAGACUAUUCUCUUCUCCAGAAACGCAGUGAUCUGCCAGAGGGACAAUUUCCCCUGUUUUGUAUUCAGAACAGCUAACUUGCAGGCAACAGGCCUUGUCGACUGCCAGGUUGUUCUCAAGUUUGUGUAUUCUACCAUUACUGAAGAACAGGAGACUAUUCUCCUUGAUUUUAUUAACCUCCAAGUCGGCGAGGAUGACGUUUCUCAGGAAAUUGAAUUUUGUACUCCAGUCCUCAUUGCACACAGAAUCACGCCUGCUAGUCCAAUCUACGACUAUCUCGAAAAAGGUCUCGAAGAAUCCCAAUUUGAAAUACUCGUUCUCCUGACUGGGUGCGACGAAGCCACUGGAGUCACCAUCCAGGCUCGAGUCUCCUAUCUUCCCAGAGAUAUCAUCCUCAAUCACCGAUUCGUUAUGAUUGAGUCUUUGUCCAACUCGAAUGAUUGGAUUCUUGAUUUUAAAAAAUUUCAUUCUAUUUUGCCCGAAUAA